AUGGGCUUCCGACUCCUCGAGCUCGUCCGCCCGUUCAUGAGCAUCCUCCCAGAGGUCACUGCUCCUGAGCGCAAGGUCACUUUCCAGCACAAGGUCCUCUGGACGGCCACCACGCUCCUUAUCUUCCUCGUCUGCGCCCAGGUUCCCCUUUACGGUAUCAUGUCGUCUGACUCGUCCGACCCCCUCUACUGGCUCCGUGUUAUUCUUGCCUCGAACCGUGGUACCCUCAUGGAGCUCGGUGUCACCCCCGUUGUCACUUCGGGCAUGAUCAUGCAGCUCCUCGCCGGUGCCCAGCUCAUCGAGGUUGACUUUAGCCUCAAGGACGACCGCGCCCUCUUCGGCUCGGCCCAGAAGCUCUUUGCUCUUAUUAUCGCUCUUGGCCAGGCUACCGUCUACGUUCUCACUGGCCUUUACGGCUCGCCCUCGUCGCUCGGCGCCGGUGUCUGCCUCCUUCUUAUCCUCCAGCUCGUUGCCGCCUCGCUCAUUGUCAUCCUCCUCGACGAGCUCCUCACCAAGGGCUACGGUCUUGGCUCGGGUAUCUCGCUCUUCAUUGCGACCAACAUCUGCGAGUCGAUCGUCUGGAAGUGCUUCUCGCCCAACACUAUCAACACUGGCCGCGGCCCCGAGUUUGAGGGUGCCGUCAUUGCCCUCUUCCACCUCCUCCUCACCUGGAACGACAAGUCGCGCGCCCUCAAGGAGGCCUUCUACCGCGAGCGUCUCCCCAACAUGAUGAACGUUCUUGCCACCAUUGCCGUCUUUGCCGCCGUCAUCUACCUCCAGGGCUUCCGCAUCGAGAUCCCCAUCAAGUCGUCCAAGAUGCGCGGCCAGCGUUCGGUCUACCCCGUCAAGCUCUUCUACACUUCGAACAUGCCCAUCAUGCUCCAGUCGGCCCUCACCUCGAACGUCUUCCUCGUCUCGCAGAUGCUCUCGGCUCGCUUCCCCAACAACCUCCUUGUUCGCCUCCUCGGUGUCUGGGAGCCCCUUGACGACUCGACCCAGCUCUCGGCCAUCUCGGGUAUCUCGUACUACAUGUCGGCCCCCCACAGCCUCAAGUCGGCCCUCUCGGACCCCUUCCACACCGUCGUCUACCUCGCCUUCAUUGUCACUGCCUGCGCCAUCUUCUCCAAGACCUGGAUUGAGGUCUCGGGCUCGGGCCCCCGCGACGUCGCCAAGCAGCUCAAGGACCAGUCCAUGACCCUUGCCGGCCACCGUGACGCCUCGAUCUACAAGGAGCUCAAGCGCGUCAUCCCCACCGCCGCUACCGUCGGCGGUGCCGUCCUCGGUCUCCUUUCGUUCGCCGCCGACAUGAUGGGCGCCCUCGGUUCGGGAACCGGUAUCCUCAUGGCCGUCACCAUCAUCUACGGCUACUUUGAGCUCGGCGUUAAGGAGAACGCCGGCCUCGACGCCGCCGGUCUCCAGGACAUGCUCUUCUAA